UAUAAGUCGUGUGCCGCAUGAUAUUUAAACGACAUUCGAACAGAUGUCAGGACGAGUUUAAUUGAUUGAAAGAUUCGAAGAGACAAAGACAGACUGUUUUUAAAGCAUUUCACAAUGGUCAAGUGUAAAAACAUAUGUGCGCGCGCGUGCGUACGUGUACGGAUGUGUACGUUGUGUUAAUUAUGAGCGUUUGUUCUGACCCCAUUUUGCACUUAAUGUGAAAAUAAAAAGAAUAUUAUAUUUACUUAUAUAAUCUGAUACUGACGUAAAUGUGACAUCUGUAAACAGAAUUUCAUCAACGUACGUAUAGUAAAUUGCGAUUUAUGUAAAGCGUUGAUCUAAUUUUACAAAUAAAAGUUAAAUAUUUUUCACCACAUGAUAAAUUAUUCGACAUCAUUAGCAGUGCAUUAGAAUAUUGAGGUUAUGUUGGGUAAAAAAACUUGUGAUUUUAUGUUAUUCGGUGUUGUGUCCAAAAGAACGAAAUGCUGGCUUCGAUCGCGAAAGGCAAGCACAAAAGACACAAAAAAAAAAGAGAAAAGUAAGAAAUGGAUAAUGAGAAAAAUGGAGGACCAAAUUUUAUUUGGUAAGCUGCUCGAGACGAAGAAGGAGAAAACGCAACGUGUUAAAUUGGAGGAGGAUGGAAAAAUAUCAAAGCCACUGCCAUCGCUAUUGAAUUCCGAAUUGACAUAUAUAACACCAUUUGCAAAUUUGAAAAUUAUUAAAAGAUCGAGUGAACAAAAAAUAAAUGAUAAAAUCAAUUUAGAUUCAGCGGACGAGACUAAAAAAGAGGCUAAAGCAAUUAUUCAUAAGAAAUCAGAUAUCUCGCAUGAAAAAGAUUUGGAUUUAAUGCUAAGACAAGAUAAGGAGGCGAUGCCUUUACUGUCAAAGAUAAUUGUACAAAAAUUAUUAGAAUUUCCAUUAUUUCAAGAGUGCAAAAGCUUCGAUAGCAAGUGGACCGACAGUUCUGAAAUUAUGUCAUUACCGUCUAAAGAAAAUGGGCUGUACUUAAAGUAUCCUAGUGUAACUAAAAUAUUGUCGUCUACAAUGUCGGAGACAGCAAAAGCGAUACUUGAAAAAUGGAAAAUGAGAAUGAUUGAGAAAUUGGGUUUAAGAGGAUUCGAAAUCUAUCAAGCAGAAUUGUUCGAAGAUGGUAAAGAAUUGCAUUUGGCGAUAAUGAAUACCCUGUAUAAAAAGCCCUACAAGAUAUCUGACAAAAUUAAACAAUCAUUUUCUAGUCUGUCAGAUGUGUUUAAAAAUGUGGAUAAUGUAAGAGCACUCGAAUCUCAUGUUAUUCACCCAGUGCUGAAGUACAGAGGAAUUGUGGAUUGCAUUGCCAAUUAUAGGGGCGACGUAUGCUUGAUAGAUUGGAAAAAAUCAGAUAAAGAAAAAAACACCAUUGGCUCUACAUACGACGCUCCAUUUCAACUGGCCUCCUACAUCGGAGCUUUAAAUGCCGAUUUCAAAUAUCCAUUUCAGAUAAAAAAAGGACUGAUAGUGGUGGCCUAUACCAAUGGUAGACCAGCGACGGUUCACGAAGUUAGCGCAGAAAAUUUACAGUUAUAUUGGAAGAUCUGGUUGCAAAGGCUUCAGGAUUAUCACAUUGCUUUAAACAUGACGUAACACAACGUAUC